UCACACAUCAUCUCCUCACAUCAUCUGCUCUCUGUGUUCCUCCAGAGACAGGAGCUGGAAUCGGAGAACAAAAAGCUGAAGAACGACCUGAACGAGAUGAGGAAAACAAUUUCCGAGCGUGCGUCUAAAAACAAUACGUCCAAUGAGCUGCAGGACGGCUACAACCUGCUGCUGAGUCAGCUCAAAUCAGCCAAUGAGGAGCUGGAUGCUCGUAAGGAGGAAGUCCUUAUUCUGAGGACUCAGAUCGUCAGCGCUGUUCAGCUUCGAGAGAAGAACGACCAAAUAGACAGCAGUAAGGUUCCUGAAGUGAUUAUCAGCAAAGAGCCGGUGGAUAAAGAGGAGGCUCUCAAAGCCUAUCACGGACUGUGUGAGUCCAAAAAGCUGCUGGAGGCUCAGCUCCAGACUCAGACCCGGCAGCACAAAGACGAGCUGGAGGCUCUUCACACUCAGAUCGAGCUGCUGAGAGACGACAUCGAGAAGAAGCAGGAGAUCCUGAACUACACGGCGUCCCUGUCUCCAGAGGCUCGGGUGGAGUACAGCGUCCAGCAGGAGAUCACCAGGCUCACCAACGACAACCUGGACCUCAAGGAGCUGGUGGAGAAGCUGGAGAAGAACGAGAGAAAGCUGAAGAAGCAGCUCAGGAUCUACAUGAAGAAAGUCCAGGAGUUAGAAGUGUCUCAGGCUGCAGCUCAGACCAGCAGAUCCAGACCAGAACUGAUGCGCCAGGUCACGGUCCAGAGGAAAGAGAAGGACUUUGAGGGGAUGCUGGAGUACUACAAGGAGGACGAGGCCCUCCUGUUUAAGGCACUGAUCUCAGACAUCAGGCCCAACACGGUGUCGGCUACAGUUCCGUGUCUCCCGGCUUAUAUUCUCUUCAUGUGCAUCCGUCACGCCGACUACAUCAACGAUGACCAGAAGGUGGAGUCUCUGCUCACCUCCACCAUCAACGCCAUCAAGAAGGUCCUCAAGAAAAACAACGAAGACUUUGAGAUGACGUCCUUCUGGCUGGCCAACACCAGCCGGCUGCUUCACUGUCUGAAGCAGUACAGCGGUGAUGAGGUGUUUAUGACCCAGAACACGAGCAAACAGAAUGAACACUGUCUGAAGAACUUCGACCUGGCCGAGUACCGACAGGUGCUGAGCGACCUCUCCAUCCAGAUCUACCAGCAGCUCAUCAAAGUGGCAGAAGGCAUCAUCCAGCCGAUGAUCGUGUCGGCCAUGUUGGAGAGUGAGAGCAUCCCCAGCCUGGCGGGAGUCAAACCGAUGGGGGGCUACAGGAACCGUUCGUCCAGCAUGGACACGGACGCUAGCAGCUACACCCUGCAGGCCCUGAUCAGGCAGCUGGGACAGUUUCACGACACCAUGCAGGACCACGGUCUGGACCCCGAGAUCGUGGGUCAGGUGGUGCGACAGCUCUUCCACUGCAUCAACGCCAUCACCCUCAACAACCUGAUGCUGCGCAAAGACGUGUGCUCCUGGAGCACCGGCAUGCAGCUCAGGUACAACACCAGUCAGAUGGAGGAGUGGCUGAGAGGGAACAACUUGUUCCAGAGUAAAGCUGCAGCCACUCUGGAACCGCUCAUCCAGGCCGCUCAGCUGCUGCAGGUGAAGAAGAAGACGACUCAGGACGCCGAGGCCAUCUGCUCGCUCUGCACCGCCCUCAGCACGCAGCAGAUUGUAAAGAUCCUGAACCUCUACACUCCUCUGAACGAGUUUGAAGAGAGAGUCAGUGUGUCCUUCAUCAGAAACAUCCAGAACCGUCCUCAGCAGACGAGCGAUCCUCCUCAGCUUCUGAUGGACACCAAGCACAUGUUCCCCGUCCUGUUCCCGUACACGCCGUCUGCUCUGCGCCUGGAGACGAUGCACAUCCCGGCCUCCCUCGGCCUUGGCUUCCUCAUCAGGGUCUGAAGGAGCUGCUUUUAAUCCAGGACCGACCACUUCUAGUAAACUGACCACGCAUCAGCUUUACACCAGCAGACAGACGCUUAUCUACCACAAUCUGUCCGCUGGUGUCUUCCACACUCGACCAACAUGUUCGGACACAGUUACUAAGUUCACCCUUCUUGUGCCUCAAAUAUCUGAAAACCAUCAGAUCCAUUCUUCUUCUUCUUCUUCUUCUUCUUCUGUUACAAACUGUUCGUCCUCCGAUGGUAAAAUGUGACGCGACAGGAAGUGAUAGAAGGAGCAGGAAGGUGUCCUGCAGGAUGAAGGUCAGUGAAAGCUCAGGGAGAAUGCAGAGAAAAGAGUCUCGCUAGUUUUUACUAUUCUACAGUCUGUUCAUCAAUAACAUCUCUUGAGCAGCUUCCUGUUCAUAUGAAUAAGUUCAUUUACAGCUUCUAUGAUAAUCGGGUCACAUCGGUGUUUUACUUAAUAAGUGUUGCGUUUAUGUGUCGACGCAGAACUGGGACGUCCGGCACUUCAGCACAGUCAUGUUUGAUAUCCUGAUGUACUCAGACUGUAAUAUAUAUAACAAGUAAUACUUACAUGCAGAAUUCUGACAUCGAUUCAUUUCUCGUGGAUAGAAACAUUUUUUAUUCCGUAGUCGUCUCACAGAUUAAUCGGCUCAUUUCUCUCCACGUUUCAGUGAAAAUGAAUAAAACGAAGCGUUUUAAGUGAAGCAGGAACAUGACUCAUCAUCAGUCGGGGUUAUUAAACAUCACUGUGCAGCUAAUCACUCACAAGUAAUCAAUGCUUUUCUGUUGUUUUCACUUUGAUUCUCAUUUCUUUUCUUUUUAUAUUGUUCUGUGUAAGACGUUUUCUAUCCCUUCGGCUCAUUUUGAGCUUCUUUUUUUAUAUGAUUUGGUAAAAUGAUGUGGUGACACUAAUUAAUAACUGAAAUACUAAAUACUCCGAUCCAACACUGUGACAGGUUCACUCUGGUUUAUGGGGCGAUGGAAGCUUCAAGUCUGAGUAAUCAUUUGACCUGGUAGAGAAUUUAUAAUUAUUAACACGCUAAUUAUUAACACGCUAUCUUUAGAGUACAAACUGAAUCCAAUUCUAAGAAAAAAGCAUCUUUUACUGAAGUGAAACUGUCGUAAAGAUGACGUUUUUAUCUUUUGUGUGAAAAUGUGGAUGUUGAAUACAUUCAUGAUAGAAAUAAAUAAUAUGUAUUUUCAUGAGAUCACUUCAGGAGCUCCACAUAACUUGUAUAAUAGUUACAUUUUGCAGUGAAGUUCUUCAGUUUGAAACUUUGAUGUAAAUGUUUUCUUUCACUGAAUGAAGCACAAAGUAACUUCCUGUAUUUCAAAGAACACGUUUUGGUAACAAAGUAACUCACGAAUACGAAUGUUUUGUUUUGGUGAUUCAUGAUCUGAUGUUCUGAAUCAUCAGAUGAUCAAUAAAUACUUUGUUUUUUCCAGCAAAAGCUAAAUUCUACAGUUUCCUUUCGAAUAGUUUUCAUAGACAAAUAAAACAUUGAAAUUA